UUUAUUUUUAAUUUAUUAGCCAGUCAAUGACUUCAGAACAUUACUUGAAUUGCUAGUGAGAGUAACGUUGUAUUGAAAUGAGAGAUGCUAUUGUAUUGUAUACGUGAUUUAGUUUCUUUUUUAUUUGUUGUUAUAGAAGUUAUAUUAGUAGAUUUUAAAAUUUAGAAAUCUGUUUCUAAUUUUUUUUAUUUCUUGCUUAAAAUUUAUUUUUGUAGACGCCACAAAAUAGUUUUAUAUCUUUCCCUCUCUUAUCGUUUAUUAACUUUUGUGUUCACAUAAUCAGGGGUUUUUAUCAUUACUCAAUAGGUAAUCGCGAUCUUUGUUUAUCAGCUUUAAAGAAGUGGGUUGUAAUUGCAAAGCAAUUACCUACAAUUACCACAAUAUCAAAAACUUUGUUACAAAUAAUACUCCAAAGAUUACAAGAUUUGAUGUGAUGAUGUUUGCACCAAAGUUGGAAAGCUUACAGAAGCAUGAUGCAGUGCAGAUUUGUAAAUUUGUUUCCAGGGAUUCAUUACUGUGCCAGGGAUCCCAUGGAUGAGAGGGAGGGUUACGGAAGUAGCUCUCUGUUUAAAAGUUUUGAACAAAUAUUCUUCUAUACUUCUUGUUUAGUUUUCCAUAGUAAGACUCAGGUAAGCAAACUCAAAGAUUAGCAAAACUUAUCUAAGUAAGACCGUUUCCUAUACACUGGAUAAAAUGUGUGUACCCCAAGUUAAAAACUAGCCUAAUAUCUCUUCUGUAUUUAUUAUUUGUUUUAGCAGUAUAUGGUAGAGAACUUCUCGUGUAGACACACACUAAGAAAUGGUUUUGAGAUUCCAUGAGUCGCGGCGCUAUGUGUGGAAAAUAUAAACAACAGAAUACAGUACCGUAUCGUGAAGAAAGACAUUUAGCGAAAAAUUUAAAUUUUAUUGAAAAGAGUGGAGUAUAUUAUUGAAGAUAUUAUUUCGGUUUGUCUGUUCAGUAUUUAUAUUAUUGUGGAAAGUUUAUCAUUUCUUGAACAUGAUAGUUUAGUAGACGUCUCGCUUUUGGUUACCAGUCGUACAGAAGAAGUAGUUAUAUUCAUCUAGGUCCAAAAAUGUUAAUUACCGUAAUUAACUGUAAUUAACAGCUUGUUCCUCAUUGUUUCAUUUUUAUGAAUUUCGAUCCUUAACCUUAUUUUAUUUCCCUGAUGAUGAAAGAAGCAUCUCCCAAAACGUCGCCUACUAAACUUCAAGGAAUGAUAAACUUCUCACAAUAAUAUAAGUAAAGUAUAGUUAGAAAAAAUAUAUUUCUAGCGUCUCUUGGAAUUUGUGUACCCACAAAAAUUUAACCUUAUAUAGUCUUGUUUUUUUACCUGCAUGUACAAAAUUCUGCUAAUACUUAAUCCGCAAUGUAUCGUACACAUUGGUAAAUCAAUCAUGUUGUUGUUAUGAUGAACUUGUAGCACAGUGAAACCUUUCUUAGCCUCAAAAAAGUGCCUGUCAUAGACAGGCGUCCGCUAAUGUUGAAGUUUUUCCUAAAUUGUCUUAUAUCGCCUGCUUUAAAGUGCGAGGGUACAGUGGAAUCAACAAAGUGACACCAGGCUGCUUUUGGGAGAAGAAAGUACCUAACGACAAAAAAACAAUAUUUUGCAAAAAUGAUAACUUUCAUUCAAAGAAAGUAAAUCCUAGGAUUUCACAAAAACACUUUGGUCUGUCUGUUUUCUUCCUCUAAGGUCUGUCUUAGUGCAGAAAAUUGUGUCUGUUGUAAAAGAUGUCCAUGUAAAGAGAUUUCUUUUAAUGUAUUGAUUUUUAAAAGAAAUAUGCAUAUAGUGAAUUAAUUGAUCAAGCAACCUAACAAGAAAAAGAGAAUAAUAAGAUAUAAAAAUUGAAAGAAUGAAACAUGUUUUCUUUUACUAAACGUUAUAUUUAUCUCGCCGCUUUCCUAUGGGCGUUAAUUUUUAUACUACAAAGAGAGAUAAAUCUUUUUGGUAAAGAAAGCAUCGAUCCAGAAGAAUACAAGUGUCUUUUACAAACAGUACAGUCGCUUAAAAGGGAGAAAAAAUAUUUACACUCCCAGCUUCAGUUUCUUAAAAAGACAAAUAAUGAUAACAAGACAAAGAAGGUAGAAGCACCGAACAACCUAAUUAUAUUAGCUAACAAGAUAGACACUCAAUUGAAGGAGAUGUGGUAUUACUUAUCCAAUAGAAUGCUUAAUCUUAAGGAUGAUCCAUCACUAAUCAAGAAAAAUGCAAAAACAAUAUUAGAAGAUUUUGGAGAGCUUCAUCGUAUAACAGAAUAUGAUUUUAACAGACUCGUAAAUUUAGGAAGGAAAACAUACAAAAACGAAUCAGAGAAACUGCUAAGUUCAGUUAUACAAGAGAGAUUGUUUCGUUUGCAGCAUCCAAUUGAUUGUAACAAUACUCGAAAAUUUGUUUGUUCUCUACAAAAACCUUGCGGUUAUACUUGCAAAAUGCAUUUUAUUGUGUACUGCUUCAUGUUGGCCUAUGCUACUGAAAGAACGUUUAUAAUAAAUUCCAGUGGUUUAAAGUAUUCAAUGAAAAAUUGGGAAGAUUUUUUUAAGCCAACCAGCAACUGUACACAUGAUGGGGGAAGCUUUUUAUGGGAUAGAAGUCAUAACAAACGAAAAGUUAUUAAACUAGUACGACAAGUAUUACCUCAAGAAUUUAAAAUACCGCAAAUGCCGUUAACACUACCAAAAGACGUCUACAGUAAGGUGAUACAAUUUCAUAAAAACCCUUCGGUGUGGUGGAUUGGUCAAUUUAUUAAAUAUUUAUUUAAAUAUCAAGACCACAUUAGUGAAAGAAUUAAAAGUCGAAAAGAAAAGUUGGGUUUUAAAAGUCCUAUUGUUGGCAUACAUGUAAGACGAACAGAUAAAAUAAAAGUCAAGGAGGCAGCCUUUCAUAAUAUCGAGGAAUACAUGAACUGGGUAGAGCUGUAUUAUAAAAAGCGGAUGCUAAACGAAGUAGUAGACGUAAAAAGAGUAUUUAUCGCUACCGACGACAUAUCAGUUUUAUCAGAAGCGAGAAGAAAAUAUCCUGAAUACACGUUUUUAAGUAGUGUGGAGAUAGUAGCGUCUGCUACUGAGCGCAACGAGGAUGGCUUACAUGGUAUUAUAUCCGAUAUUGAGCUGUUAUCGGAGACAGAUUAUCUAGUUUGCACUUUCUCUUCUGGAGUGUGUCGAAUGGCGUACGAGAUGAUGAACAGUAAACACGUGGACGCAUCACAAUCCUUUCACUCGCUGGAUGAUUUGUAUUAUUUCACUGGUCAAAGUGAUCAUAAAAUGAAGGUAAUUUUGGAGCACACACCACACAAAAAAGAAGAGUUGAGCUUAAAAGUAGGAGAUGUCGUCAAAGUAUUAGGUAAUCAUUGGAAUGGACAAGCGAAAGUGAUUGAUUAUAAAACGAAUAGAGAAGGGUUUAUUCCUACGUAUAAGCUUGAAGAUAUAUAUGAGGUUGCAGAAUUUCCUACUUAUAAUGUUGAAAUGAUGUAACUAUUAGCAACUUUGUUAUCUCCGCAGUCCAUACGAGAUAGUUUGACUGAUAAUUUUUUCCAUAAAUUAUUUUAUUUAAAAAAGAUACUAUACAAAAUGUACGUUUAUCGCCCUUUUCAUGGAAAUAUAAUAUUUUGAUGGA